CGCAUGAUUCCGGGUAUGUCAGUCAGCUGACAGCAUUUGUACGGUGUCAGUCCACUCCUAUAGAGUGUACUUACUGUAAAACAAAGAUUAAAAACAGCACAAUGGCCACAAUUCCACCGAAAAUCAAGGUGCAGCUCAGUGGAAAUGAAAGGUUGCAGAAACUGAAAGAAGCUUUUCAUGGAAAAUAUGGACAAAUGCCUCUCUUCUACGCUCGUGCUCCAGGGAGGGUGAAUUUGAUUGGUGAGCAUAUUGAUUAUUGUGGCUAUGCUGUCCUUCCAAUGGCAAUAGAGCAGAAUAUUCUUGCUGCAGUUUCUGUCAGUGACUCCCAAACAAUCCAGCUGACCAACACUGACCCCAAAUACAAGGAUUUCACUGUGUCUGUUGAUGGCAUCACUAUUGACAGAGAGAAUCCUCAAUGGUAUUAUUACUUCCUUUGUGGAGUGAGAGGAAUCCAGGAGCACUUGAGCUUGUCUUCAUUGGCAGGGAUGUGUUGUGUGGUAGACGGGACCGUCCCGGCCAGCUCAGGGCUGUCCAGCUCCAGUGCCCUGGUGUGCUGUGCAGGUCUGGUCACCAUGGAGGCCAAUCAGAAGUCUCUUUCUAAGGUGACUCUCGCAGAGACGUGUGCCAAGUGUGAGCAGCAGCACCCAAUACCUGGCUAA